CUCGAGAAACCCUACAUAAAGACUUGUGCUGUUUUGUUUCAGCAGUCAGAGUCGGUUGGCGCACGCGUGGCUCUCGCUUCGUGGCCGUCGAGGGUGUCGCUUGCCCGCUUUUCGUGAGGAGUGGCCAUGGCGAAUCGAGGGGGACGCGGGGGCCAUGACGGCGGCCAGCACUACGGAGGCCGAGAUGGCGGCGGCGGCGGCGGCCAGUACUACGGAGGCCGCGGUGGCGGCGGCCGCGGCAAUGUCGAGGGCGGCGAUGGCCGUGGACGAGGGUACUACCGAGGCGGUGGUGAUGGUGGCGGCCGCCGCGGCCGUGGGUACUACCAAGGGGAAGGUGAUGUCCGAGGGUUCUACCAAGGACGCGGCGGUGAUGGCGGCCGCGGGAACCAAGGACGCGGGUACCACGGCGGCGGCGAGGGCGUCAUCCGUGGUCGCGGGCGUGGUUACCAAGGGGAUGGUGAUGUCCGAGGCCGCGGCCGCGGAUACGAUGGGGGUGGCGACCGAGGCCGAGGCCGUGGCCGUGGCUAUCAGCAAGGCGGCAACGACUACGGCCGCGGCCGUGGCGGCUAUCAGCAACAAGGCGGCGACAACUACGGAGGCGGCCGCGGAGGCAGGGGCGGAGGAGGCUACCCAGAUUGGCCCCAACCCGUCGGGCCUCCCCUCGCCGAGCGCUACGCGACCGAGGCGGCCCAGCUCCGGGAGAAGUUCAAGGCGAUGGACAUCAGCCGCGCCGAGCCCACGUUCCCGGCCCGCCCCGGGUUCGGCAGCGCCGGGAAGGCGUGCAUCGUGAAGGCCAACCACUUCUUCGUCGGCCUCGUCGACAAGGGCCUGCACCAAUACGACGUCACCGUCUCGCCGGAGCCGACUCUAACGGGCGUCUACCGGGCCGUCAUGUCGAGGCUUGUGUCGGAGCACCAGCAUACCAGCCUUGGCGGCCGCCUCCCCGCUUAUGACGGCCGCAAGACCCUGUACACCGCUGGCCAGCUGCCGUUCAACAGCAAGGAGUUUGAGGUCAUCUUGUCUGACAAUAAGACAGGUUCAUCUGGGCAUAGCAGGGAAAGGAAGUACGUGGUGGCCAUCAAGCACGUCACCUUGGUCAGCCUGCAGCAGCUGCAGAUGCUCAUGGCUGGGUACUCGACAGACAUACCAUCUCAGGCGCUGCAGGUGCUCGACAUUGUGCUGCGCGACAUGAUUCUCAACGAGCGGAGUGACAUGGGGUAUGUCGUGGUAGGCCGGUCCUUCUUCUCCGCAAGCAUUGACGACCCCAGGCAUCUUGGCCUGGGUAUUGAAGGAUGGAAGGGGUUCUACCAGAGUAUCAGGCCUACGCAGAGCGGAUUGUCUCUGAACAUAGAUAUGUCUUCGACAGCUUUCGUUAAAGCUCAGUCAGUGAUUAAGUUUGUUCAAGAUAUUCUUAAGAAACCUGAUCUCCGCCAUGUUACUGGUCCUGAUUGUCAGAAGAUUAAGAAAGCCCUCAAGGGUGUGAGGGUUGAAGUGACACAUCGAGGAGAUGUACGCAGAAAGUACUGCAUUUCUGGCUUAGCUGGUACUGCUCGAGAUCUGAGGUUCCAAUCAUCAACUGGCGUGUCCAAGACAGUCAUGGAUUAUUUUAGAGAGACAUACAAGCUGCAACUGCGUUAUGAUUUUCUCCCAUGCCUCGAUGUUGGUACAACACAGAAACCAAACUAUCUUCCGAUGGAGGUUUGCAACAUAGUUCCAGGACAGCGGUACCAGAAGAAGCUGGAUGAAAAUCAGGUUUCUAACAUGAUGCAAAUAACUUGCCAACAACCACUUCAACGUGAGGGAUUCAUUCGUCAGACUGUUAGGUGUAACAAUUACAAUAAUACCAAACGCGCAAAUGAAUUUGGCAUAGAAGUUGACUACGAGCCUACUUCUGUUCAGGCUAGAGUUCUGCCUGCUCCAAUGCUGAAGUACCAUCCUUCUGGAUCUGACAACAUGUGCAACCCAAGUAAUGGAGCUUGGAACAUGAGAGGCAAGAAAGUCGUUGAUGGUGCCCGUGUUGUCAAUUGGCUAUGUAUAAACUUUUGCGUUGAUUUGCCUGAGGCUGAUGUUCGUCGGUUCUGCAAUGGACUGAGUAACAUGUGCUGCAAUACUGGACUGUUCGUCAACAUUGGAGGUCUUAAACUAUUCAGUGCUGAUCCAUUGAAGUUUGAAGCUAAUCUCCACAAUGUCCGCAAUUUCUGUCAGCAAACACGGCAGAUGUCGGGGGUUCAAAAGAUUGACCUCCUACUUGCUCUAUUGCCAGAUAAAAAUGACAGCUUAUAUGGUGAUAUUAAAAGAAUUUGCGAAACAGACAUCGGUGUGAUGUCACAGUGUUGUCUAAGGAAGAAUGUCUUAAAGUCGAGUCCUCAAUUUUUUGCAAAUGUUGCUAUUAAGAUCAAUGCCAAGUGUGGGGGAAGGAACUCAGUAUUUGCCAAUAGACAAGCAAGUUUACCGGUGGUUUCAGCCAAGCCAACGAUUAUCUUCGGUGCAGAUGUUACUCAUCCAAGUGCCCUAGAUGAUGCUACCCCUUCCAUCGCUUCUGUUGUUGCCUCUAAAGACUGGCCUGAGGUGACUAAGUAUCAUGGUGUGGUUCGUGCACAAGGUCACCGCGAAGAGCUCAUCCAAGGUCUUGAGGACAUUGUUAGGGAACUCCUUCGUUCAUUCGAAAAAGAAUCUAACCGUAGGCCUGAGCAGCUGAUAUUCUACAGGGAUGGUGUAAGCGAGGGUCAGUUCAAGCAGGUUCUGGAGAAGGAAAUCCCAGAGAUAGAGAAGGCAUGGAAGGCAAUAUACAACGAGGAGCCACAGAUCACCUUCAUAGUGGUGCAGAAGAGGCACCACACAAGACUGUUCCCGAACAAUCACAGUGAUAUGAGCAGCAAGGACAGCAGUGGCAAUGUUCUGCCAGGGACAGUUGUUGAUAGACAGGUCUGCCACCCAACAGAGUUUGAUUUCUUCCUGUGCAGCCAUGCUGGGAUCAAGGGAACAAGCCGUCCAACACAUUACCAUGUGCUGCGAGAUGACAACAAGUUCACCGCUGAUGCACUGCAGUCGCUUACGAACAACCUCUGCUAUACGUAUGCAAGCUGCACUCGCUCGGUGUCGAUUGCUCCUCCCGUCUAUUAUGCUCAUAAGCUUGCUUUCCGUGCUCGGUUCUACCAAACCCAAGGCUCAGAUGUGGAGUCGGUGGCAAGUUCAGGCAGCACAACUCAACCCGGUGCGAUCAAGGCACUUCCUGAGAUAAAAGAUGAGGUGAAAAGGCUAAUGUUCUACUGCUAGCCCCUCUACAAACUGCAGCUGAACAUACCUGGAGAGCAUGAUCUCCUCUGAAGAAUAAAUGACGUGCAAAAGGUCUGAAGAGGUUGUUGUUCCUCCCAGUAGAUUUGGAGGAUGACAAUCUGAAAUGGCGGGUGACAUUGUGAUUCUGUUUGGUGUUAAGAACAUUCACUGCAUUAAUAUUUUGUGACUUAAAAAUGCU